GAAGCGACCUGCAUCCUCUUAUAGCGUCACAGCCUCAGCUCCUGUUUCAUUCCCAGCCUCUGUUGUUCUCCACCCAGACCAACCAUGAACUUCGCAUCAUACCUCACAGACCUUCCUGAAGACCUUCCUCCAGUUCUAGUUGAUGGACUCACGCUAUGGGAAGAGAGAACAAGCGUCUCUCGUGGUCUAUUGUUACAAAAUCCAGGUGUCUGCUCGCAGUCGGAAAUCAACUAUCCUCACUUCGAUAUAUCCGACAAUGAUUAUCCAGACGAAGAGCUCGCGUUUCAAACUUACAUCGACGUAACUCAGUCAGACAAUACUCAAUCAUUCUCAGAAAUUCCACAAUUGCGGCUCAUACCUCCCAUAUUUUCACCCACUUCAUCGGCUUCACCUUUCCUACCAGAACUGUCCCCAGACUCAUCACCACUGAGUGUGGCGUCUUCUAGUGUACCGAUCACACCCGAAUUUGGCGUGUGUAUGACAGAUAUUGAGCUUUCCCCGAGCAGAGCAAGCGACCAUUCAAGAUUUUACCACCAGGAGGAUGAUUACUCGUAUCUUUCAGAUGACGAUCAUAUCCCUCUACUCGAAGAUGUUAUCAGCAAGCAGAUCGCUGAAGGUGAAAAGCCUUUCAAUGCGUACACACCUUUACCAGAAAGUCCCAUCCUACGGCACAGCGAGUCAGUAUUGUCACCCUCGAGUUCUUCCACUCAUCCAGCCUCGUCGAAAAGCACAUGUGACACAGUGUUCCCGUCUCAGAUCGCACCACUUUCAUUAUAUGUGGAUGAAGUUUCUCCAUCACCAACUUCUGUUCCUGUAACGGAGUCCCGGAAUAACAGAGAACUUAUUUCAUCUCCCGCAUCUACGGGCGUGCCUAGACACUCCUCAGCAGCUUCGUCAUCGUCCAUACAGCACUCGAAACGACCUCUUUCCCAUGCCUCUAAAUCAAGCUCACCCGGUACGUCAAGGUCCGCCGAAAUGGCGAACAGCCGUCGCGGAACAUCACUUCGUUCCUUCAAUCGUACCACAAUCAAAUCUGAAUCCGUCGACCGUGACACACAGUCAGCUCAUGUUCCUAAAAAACGUCGUCGCGAGCUGUCACCUGUUUUGCGUGUAGCGUCGCCCGUGCCUUCCAAAGACGACAGCGAGACAUACUUGGGACAGCUUGUUGAUAGCGAUGACGAUGAGACUGAUGAUGAAUACGUGCCAAGUCGUUCAACCCGACCACGUCAACCAAAGCGACGGCGAACCAGUACUUCGUCUGUCACCUCUAGGACUGGAAAGAGUAAGCCGAAUAGAGAUUUGAAAAGAAACUCCAAUCGACUUACGGAAGCGACGAGCUCCGAGUCGGCUGGUGCAAAGCAACCCAAGUGUCGAUUUUGUGGGAAGACUUCGUUCACGCGCGAGCACGAUGCUCGGCGACACGAAGAACUAUCCUGUUCAGCAAAUCCUGCCCGGAAGGCUGUUAAUUGUGAAUGCAACAUCUGUGGCAAGGUGCUGUCGCGACCCGAUGCUCUCAUAAGGCAUGCCAUCAAGCACGAGAAGAAGAGUCUCUUGCGAUGACAAGUAUGUGUUUGUUGGGUUUACCUUUGUGUCUUGCAUCGAUGAGAUUUUUCCUCCACCACAAAUGUCGUUGCAUCUCGAUCUUGUAGCCGCCUAUGAUGAUCCUUGUCCGCAGCCCUGAAUAUACCCUUUUCCUUGCGCGAUGAACGAUUGCUUGUGAUAAAAUGAUUCGAAGAGCCUUUUACUAGUAAAACUUCUAGUGGUUUACAAAGUCCUUGGGU